AUGGCCAGCGGUAGGCCUCCAGGGCCGAAUCAUCCCGCUGGUCACGAUGACGACCUGUUGUUGAGGUCGAGUCCGAGUCCAGGACCGAUGUAUAACACUGGUCAGCCCCCGCCCGUCAGCGAUGAACACCUUCCGCAAUUUAUCGACCAGCACAAUGCGCAACCGCGGCCUUCCAUAUCCAACGACCAGUUCAUCGGCGCCCAGGUACAGCAGCAUGGUGUGUACAACCAAGGAGUCGCAGGGAAUGCGCCUCAGAGUAGAUUCCUUCAAGAGUCGCAUGGCGCCGGGUAUCGAUCCGAGUCGAAUACCGACCUAGCCUACGGACAGGACCCCCUCGACAGAUACGACUCGAAUCUUGAUCGUUACGAUUCACGAUACGAACAGCGUGGCUACCACGAUGGCGGUAGCUAUUACGACGAUCCGUUUGACCCGCAGAUUCCGAGCGAGAGCCAUGUGCGGAAAGCGAAUGAACGGAACAGUAUUCUGGGGCUAGGGGGCGGAUUGAUGGGAAAGGCAAAAUACAUGUUUGGGAUGGGACCGCAAUACUCGGAAAUGGACUUACCUUUGACGGAAGCUGGCGCGAGAAGAGCAACCGUUGAUAGCACAGGCGAACCGGCUGCUGCCCCUAAAGAGCGAAAGAAGUUCCGCGCAUCCGAUAUUACCUCGAUUUUCGGACGCCGCAAGGUCGAUCCGGCAAGCUUGGGUCCUCGCAUGAUCCAGGUCAACAAUGGCCCUGCGAAUGCCGCCCACAAGUUCGUCAGCAACCACGUCUCGACUGCCAAGUACAAUGUCAUCACCUUCAUUCCGAAAUUCCUCUUCGAACAAUUCUCCAAAUACGCCAACCUGUUCUUCUUGUUCACCGCCGUUCUCCAACAAAUCCCCAACGUUUCUCCGACCAACAAAUAUACCACCAUCGUCCCGCUGGCUAUCGUGUUGUUGGUUUCUGCCAUCAAGGAAUUGGUCGAAGACUACAAGCGUCGGAUGUCGGACAGAGGGUUGAACUACUCAAAAACGCAGGUCCUGAAGGGUUCCUCAUUCCAUGAAACGAAAUGGGUAGAUGUUGCAGUGGGAGACGUGGUUCGAGUCGAGUCAGAGGAACCAUUCCCGGCAGACUUGGUCCUUUUGGCAUCGUCCGAGCCCGAGGGUCUUUGCUACAUCGAAACCGCGAAUCUGGACGGAGAGACCAAUUUGAAAAUCAAGCAGGCCAUCCCCGAGACCGCGCAUCUCGUCAGCCCCAGUGACCUCAGUCGCUUGAGUGGACGCGUUCGAUCGGAACAACCCAACAGCAGCUUGUACACGUACGAGGCGACAUUGACCAUGAACGCUGGUGGCGGCGAGAAGGAGCUCUCUUUGGCACCAGAUCAAUUGCUGCUUCGAGGUGCAACCUUGCGAAACACUCCUUGGAUUCAUGGCAUUGUCGUCUUCACUGGCCACGAGACCAAGCUGAUGCGAAAUGCAACGGCAACUCCCAUCAAGCGUACUGCUGUGGAGCGGAUGGUCAACGUUCAGAUUCUGAUGCUCGUUAGCAUUCUCGUUGCACUCAGUGUCGUCAGUUCCGUCGGUGAUCUCGUUGUUCGUCAAACAGCUUCCAGCAAGCUCGCCUACCUCGAUUACGGAUCUGUCAACCCAGUGAAGCAAUUCUUUAUGGACAUUUUCACCUACUGGGUGCUUUACUCCAAUCUGGUCCCGAUUUCUCUAUUCGUCACCAUUGAGAUUGUGAAGUACUUCCAGGCAUUCCUCAUCAACUCCGACCUCGACAUCUACCAUGACAAGACCGAUACGCCCGCCACCUGCCGCACCUCAUCCCUGGUGGAAGAGCUCGGCCAGAUCGAGUACAUCUUCUCCGACAAGACAGGCACGCUAACUUGCAACAUGAUGGAGUUCAAGCAAUGUACAAUUGCCGGUAUUCAGUAUGGAGACGACGUUCCAGAAGACCGCCGAGCCACCGCGGAUGAUGAUGGCGAAUUCGGUAUCUACGACUACAAGACCCUUCGCAAGAAUCUGGAAUCCCACCCCUCUCAGGGCGCUAUUCAGCAGUUCCUGACUCUUCUGGCAACUUGCCAUACUGUUAUCCCCGAAUGGAACGGCAAUGAUCCCACUCAGAUCAAGUAUCAGGCAGCCUCGCCCGAUGAGGGUGCCUUGGUAGAUGGAGCUGCAAUGCUGGGUUAUCGCUUCACCAACCGCAAGCCCCGAUCGGUUAUUUUCACUGCCAACGGAGUGGAACAGGAGUAUGAGUUGCUAGCUGUGUGUGAAUUCAAUUCUACACGAAAGCGUAUGUCAACCAUUUUCCGCUGCCCCGAUGGCAAGGUUCGAAUUUACUGCAAGGGUGCCGAUACUGUCAUUCUGGAGCGCCUUCACCCGGAUAACCCGACCGUUGAAAUCACCCUUCAGCACCUUGAAGAAUACGCUUCGGAAGGUCUACGAACUCUGUGUCUUGCCAUGCGCGAAAUUCCAGAGGAUGAAUACCAGCAAUGGUACCAGAUUUUCCACACGGCCAACACCACCGUCGGUGGUAAUCGUGCCGACGAGUUGGACAAGGCGGCCGAGUUGAUUGAAAAGGAUUUCUAUCUGCUGGGCGCUACUGCCAUCGAGGAUCGACUGCAAGACGGUGUUCCAGAUACCAUCCACACGCUUCAGACUGCCGGCAUCAAGAUCUGGGUCUUGACUGGUGACCGACAAGAGACUGCCAUCAACAUCGGCAUGUCCUGCAAGCUUAUUUCGGAGGACAUGACGCUUCUCAUUAUUAACGAGGAAAAUGCGGAAGCGACUCGCGCUAAUCUUCAAUCCAAAAUGGAUGCCGUCAAAAGCCAAGCAGGGUCUGGUGACAUCGAGGCCUUGGCUCUGGUCAUUGAUGGAAAGUCUCUCACUUUCGCCCUGGAGAAGGACAUGGAGAAGCUGUUCCUGGAUCUUGCUGUCAUGUGCAAGGCUGUGGUUUGUUGCCGUGUGUCUCCCUUGCAGAAGGCGCUGGUUGUCAAGCUUGUCAAGCGGCAUCUGAAGUCCUUGCUUCUGGCCAUCGGUGACGGUGCCAACGACGUGUCCAUGAUUCAGGCCGCGCACGUUGGUGUCGGCAUCAGUGGUAUGGAAGGUCUUCAGGCAGCUCGAUCGGCUGAUGUUGCGAUUGCUCAAUUCCGAUUCCUCCGAAAAUUGCUUCUGGUUCACGGUGCCUGGAGUUAUUCCCGCAUCAGUCGAGUCAUUCUGUACUCUUUCUAUAAGAACAUCACGUUGUAUAUGACACAGUUCUGGUAUUCCUUCCAAAAUGCCUUCUCUGGAGAGGUCAUCUACGAAUCAUGGACGUUGUCCUUCUACAACGUGCUUUUCACCGUUCUGCCACCAUUCGCCAUGGGAAUUUUCGACCAAUACAUCUCCGCCCGGUUGCUGGAUCGUUAUCCCCAACUAUACCAGCUGGGCCAGAAGGGUGUUUUCUUUAAGAAGCACAGCUUCUGGGCUUGGGUUCUGAACGGAUUCUUCCACUCUUUGCUCCUUUACCUUGUCUCCGAGUUGAUCUUCUACUGGGAUCUGCCCAUGGCUAAUGGCCAGGUUGCCGGCCACUGGGUUUGGGGAGAGGCGUUGUAUACUGCCGUGCUCGCCACUGUCCUCGGCAAGGCUGCUCUGAUCUCCAACAUUUGGACCAAAUACCACUUCAUCGCCAUUCCGGGAUCCAUGCUACUCUGGCUGGCCUUCCUCCCAGCCUAUGGUUAUGCCGCCCCUGCCAUCGGAUUCUCAAACGAAUACUACGGCACCAUCCCCGUUUUAUUCAAAUCCCCCAUCUUCUACCUGAUGGCAGUCGUCUUGCCAUGCAUCUGCUUGAUGCGUGAUUUCGCCUGGAAGUAUGCCAAACGCAUGUACUACCCCCAGCAUUACCAUCACGUCCAGGAGAUCCAAAAAUACAACGUGCAGGAUUACCGUCCUCGUAUGGAGCAAUUCCAGAAGGCCAUCCGCAAGGUUCGCCAAGUGCAGCGCAUGCGCAAGCAGCGCGGCUACGCCUUCUCCCAAGCCGACGACGGCGGUCAAAUGCGUGUCUUGAAUGCCUACGAUACCACCCAGGGUCGUGGACGGUACGGAGAAAUGGCGAGUUCCAGGAAUCCGGGAUUAUGA